CAUUGUAACGAAGAGAUUGUGUGCUAGAGCUGUGAUUUCCUUGAAAAUGGGGAAAAUUGAGUGGGCAAUGUGGGCUAACGAACAAGCCCUGGCGUCAGGACUCAUUUACCUCACUGGCGGCAUUGUGGGGGUUGCUGGUCAGUUCAUGGGGUGGCAGUUUGCCGCUUUUGGAAUAGCUGCAGGGGUAUUCGUUUGUCUUCUUGAGUACCCACGGAGUAAGAGGAGUAAAGGCACUAGCGUUGAGAGAACUGGUCAGUACUGCUUCACAGUUUGUGUAAAGGCCUUCGGGCCCUUGACGCGAAACUACUAUGUGAGAGCAUUCCUGCAUGCUGCGCUCUGUGUCCCAGGUGGCUUUAUGCUCGCCACAGUCUUGGGCUGUGUAUGCCUUGGCAUAGCAAGUCUCAUCUACCUAUCAGCAGCCAUUCAUGGGGAGCACUGGGAACCCAUCCUACCCAAGAAAGAGCCUGCCAAACGUAUAGGAGAGAGCAUCAAGCAGCCACCUCAGAACCCUCCCCCGCGCCCACCGCCAGAGCUCCGCAGGAAACGAGCAGAAGACCUCGAAUCGGCAGCAUAUGUCAACCCAAUCGCAGUCACAGCCAACGAAUACUAAAGCCACUGCCUCUUCUCCUAAAACUCUGGUCCUGACUCAAAAUCUAACGGGAUGGCUUCUUAGUAAAGGGGAAAGCAGAGCUUCAUUAUUAUUUGAUUGCAGCGUAUGCUAAAUCUGUGUUACACUCCACAAGACUUAAAAAUAGGGUUAAAAAGAUUGCUGCUGAUAUUGGUGAUAUACUACCAUAAGUUACUGUUUGUGCUGCUGGUGAAGUUUAUGCUUUGUGAGCCAGUAGAUGAAACUAUUACUUUGAUUACAAAAGCCAUCCUUCUUCCGCCUCCGUAAUAACCCAUUACAAUAACUCUGAAUCUGAAGAGAGAUUUUCAGCAUCUCAGAUUGUUUUAUCUUCUGCAUAUUUCAUGUAUUACUCUUUAAUAUUACUGUAACUGUAAAUGAAGUAGAGGUACAAAAAUUAGCGCUCUCAUAGACAUGCAUUAUUGUCUUCAUCUAAGUCAAACCUCCUCACAUGACUCCUUAAUGAUGACAAUUGUAUUUAAUGACACAAAUGGUUUACCAACUCAAAGAUUUUUACCUCCAUAUCAAGACCAAAGGAUAUGAUGCAUUUGUGGUAUGUGUUUUAAGUUAUGUUGGGACUGCUACUUCCAGUUAGAGUCAACCAGUAAGAGUCAUAUCAUACUCUGAAGGAACAUAUGUUGAAAUAAUAUGUUAACUUUUUUUUUUUUAAUUAGAAAGGUAAAAGAGGUUAUGAAAGAGAAUCCUGAAUUCUGCUUUUAGUUAGGAACAUAUUUGGAUCUUACCAUUGUUUUGUUUGUUCAUUUGUGUAUGUACCUCAAGAUACUGUAAAUGUUUUAUACUGUAAAAGAAUAAACUCAGGUGA